AUGUCGAGUGAAGGGGACUGUGGAAAGAAAAUGUCUGCCAAAGAGGACCCUACAGUGGAGACGAGUGACAAUGAAAUACGUGAGCUGAAUCCUUCUGCAUUGCAAGCUUGUUUCCCACAUGCAGCCUUUGAUUUUCACAAGCUUGCCAAAGUCAUGGAGGCAGAAUUCCAAGAAGUCCGUGAACAGCUGCAGAACAGUUACAACCCUACCAUGAGAAAUGAACACCACAGGUUAAAGUCCCUCUUGUCCUAUACAUCUCAUUCAUCAUGGUCUUUGACAGAAAUGGCAGCUGCUGGGUUUUAGCACACGCUUGUUAAAUCCAGCGUGCAGUGUUUUUGCUGUGGAUUGGUUUUAUUCACCAUGAAGGUUAGAUGUACCCCAUACGAACAGCACAAGAAAUUUUGUCCCACUUGUGAAUUUGUCCUGGGCAAAGAGGUGGGUGAUAUUUCAAAGUACGACAUGUGUGUUCAGAAGUUGGAGAAGAACCCAGCAGAGCACGCCCGCAGGUACAGCACGGAGGAUGCGAGGCUGCAGUCCUUUGGUGGGUGGCCAUUCUACGCCAAAGGAACGAAGCCCGAUUUGCUUGCCAGAGCUGGGUUUUUCUUUACAGGCAAGAAAGAUACAGUGCAGUGUUUUGCUUGUGGUGGAUGUGUGGGAAAUUGGGAAGAUGGUGAUGAUCCUUGGAGAGAACAUGCUAAAUAGUUUCCUGAGUGUGAAUUCCUUCAAAGUAAGAAAUCAAGUGAGGAAAUUAAAAAGUACAUUGAAACCUACAGUGGAUUUUUUGGAGUGGUGAGGAGGCAUUUCACUGCUUCCUUUAUCAAGGGGAAUCUACCUACUGCAACAGGCGAUCUCGCCUUGAACAUCUUUGAGGAUGAAGGAGUUCGACUGGACUCUUUUAAAACUUGGCCAGCAGAAGCCCAUGUGGAAGCCACUGCUCUUGCUAAAGCCGGGUUUUUUUAUACAGAUUUGAGCGAUAGGGUACAGUGCUUCAACUGUGCAGGUUGCUUUCAGGAAUGGGAAGAAGGUGAAGAUCCUAUGGAAGAACAUGCAAAAUGGUUCCCUGAUUCCAGCCACAGGGAGCCUCUGCACGCGUGUGCGCAGAACGAGCAGCAAAGGCAGCUUAUUGCAGUUCUUCCUCCCGGACAACCUUUUGAAUGCACCGCAUUUCAGAGGUUGCUGAACGGCCGGGGGGUUUAUGAGAGCAAUACUGUCUCUGUGUGUGCCCCAAUCAUUUCUCAGUUCCUAAGAGGCAAAGAUAUUUUCAACAUCAGUUCCCUUCAGGAAGCUGACCUCAGAAAUUUGAUGACACUCUUUUCUGUUUCAGAUUAUACUGAACUUCAGCUGAAAAACAGUCCUGGAUUCAUAGAAGUUAUCUGACCUGCUAUUAGCUUACAUCAUCUUAACUUGAGCAUAACAGAGCAAGAAUUACUUCUCUCAAUGUCUUUUGUGGAAUGUCUUGAGAUAGACGAAAAAGAAAUGCCAGUGAGUCAAUGUGAGAACUUUAAUGUAUUUGAUACAAUACCUGAUGGCUUCAAAAAUCUCUGUAACAUGAAGAAAUUGCUGAUGAGCAAAAUGAAGCUUGAAAACAGCUCUAGGCUGGUUGAAUUUAUUAAGAGCGUCCAAGACCUCUCUGUUUUUCACCUGGACUGCUCCAGCUACUUCAAUGCUGAAUCCCUUCUGGCAGCAAUUUCUUCAUGCAAGAAAUUAAAAGAAAUCAAGUUAACCAGGUCAUUUUUGACAGAUCAAGAUUUUCUUUCUUUAGCUGCUGCUCUGCCCAAUUUUGUCUCUCUCAAAGUGUUGGAUCUUACAAGCCAAUAUUUUGAUGACAAGGAAGCUUGUGAAAUCUUUGCAUACAAUUUAGGUGGUGGUCUUAACCUGGAGGAGCUCAUCCUUCCUGCAGGGAAGGGAAUGCCUGCAGCCAAACUGAUUGUUCAGCAGUGUCUACACCUGCCGCACCUCAGAUGCUUCUCGUUUAUCCUAUGUCUGGAUGAUGACAGCCUGUUAGAAGUAACACAGGUUGCAAACCGUAGAGGUUUCCAGAAGCUUGAAACUCUGUUAGCAAAUCACGAUGUUACAGAAACUGGUUGGAGAAACUUCAUUAGAACACUUAAUAACACGCCUGCUUUAGAAGAGCUGGACAUCAGCCCUAUGUUCACACAUCAGAUCAAAGCCAGUGCAUCAACAGUGACGGCUUUUGUCCAGCGCGUUUCUUGCUUGCCUGGUCUUGUGACAAUAGUAAUGAUGGGUUGGCUCCUUGACGCAGAGGACCUUAAAAUGUUUGAUAUCAUGAAGGAGCAGCAUCCCUAGUCUAGGAGUUUAAAAUAA